AUGGCUUUCGCACGGCCCGUUCUGCCUCUGUUCCGCCCAAUUGCAGGUGCUAGGCCCGCGGCGAUCACCCAGAUCCACCGCUUCUCGCAAUGCUCUCGCUUCAGGAAAGAAGCUGAGGUCACCACUGCAUCCAACACGGCGCCCGUCGAUGCCAACGCCCCGGCCGUGGAGCAAGUUCAAUCGGCUCUUCUGCCGUACUUCGUCCUUCGGACUUCGUCGAACAACCUGCCCGUCUACGUAGAAAAGAAGAGUGGAGGCAAUCGCAUACAGACCAAAGUGCGGAAGGUCAGCGGGGAUGUGAUAGCGCUUCGCAAAGCGCUACAGAAAUACCUGAGCCUCCCGGAAGAUGACAUCUCCGUUAACAACGAGAGAGGAUAUGUUAUUGCAAAGGGCAACCAUCACUCGAAAAUUGUCGAGUUCCUUGAGUCCAAGAAACUCUGA